AGAGCUAGUUCAGACAUGGCGGAUUCCGCGCGGAUGCAAAUCGCGCGGUUCUAAACGCAAGUGUUCAGACAGGCGCGGAUGUACAUGCGGAGUGCCGUUAUUCGCAUAGGGUGACAGUCCAAUCAUGGAAGUCGAAGAAGCAAUAUGUGUGUACUUGUUGCUCCGUAAAAAAGAAAGAAAGAAGAAACGGCAGUAUUGGGUGCAUCCAAUAUUACGCGAUCGGUUUACUCAUGGUCAGUUUCAGACUUUAUAUCCAAAAUUAAGAAGUUUUGAACCAAAAUUCUUCAAUUAUUUGAGAAUGUCGAUAAAUUCAUUUGAUGAAUUAUUAGAAAUGAUGAGUAAACAAAUUGAAUCUAAUGAUACCCAUAUGAGGUCAAGCGUGUCCCCAGAAGAAAAACUCGUGAUCACAUUAAGAUAUCUGGGUACUGGUUGUUCCUUUGGAGAACUACAUUACAACUUUCGUCUUGGCAAAUCUACAAUCACAGGAAUUGUCCGUGAAGUAUGUGAAACUCUGUGGGAAAAAGUCACAAAAAACGUCAUGCCUGAACCCAGCGAAGAUAUAUGGAAGAAAAUAGCUAAAGAUUUUGAAAAAUAUGCAAAUUUUCCCAAUUGCAUAGGCGCCAUAGAUGGCAAGCAUAUAAGGAUUACAAAACCCAAAGAUUCGGGUUCUUUGUAUUAUAAUUACAAAACUUUUUUUUCCAUAGUACUGUUGGCACUUUGUGAUAGUAACUAUUGUUUUACUUUCAUAGAUAUCGGAUCUUACGGAAAAAGUAGUGAUUCUGCAAUUUUUAAAAAUUCAGCAUUUUAUAAAAGGUUAUCAAGAGCUCGACGUUUUAUUGAAUGCACUUUCGGAAUUCUGGCAAACAAGUGGCGCAUUUUUCAUAGGCCUAUAAACGUGAAUAUAGACUUUGCCGAAGACAUAAUAAAGGCCUGUUGCGUGCUACACAAUUUUGUUAGAACUAGAGAUGGUAUACAGUAUGAAGAUACUUUACAUACUGCGCCAAUGAGUAAUCUUAUUACAUUACAUGCAGGAAGGGGUACACCAUCAUCAUUAAACAUUAGAGACAAAUAUGCUAAUUACUUUGUGAAUGAGGGUCGUGUAGAAUGGCAAGACACGAAAAUAUGAAAUUAAAAUUGUUACAGUUCGCGCCAAAUAACUAAACUCAAGAUGGCGCGUCGCGUUGGUGGGUUGUACAUAUUACAGUUAAUAGCUAUACGUUACUGUGGUAACGUGAUAGUUUUCCCGCGCUCGUUACGUACCGCCAAACAACGUUAUACACAUUUCAGUUAUUUGGGGUGGACUGUCUAUUACAAAACAUGUAAACUACCCUGGUAAAAUGUAUAAUUAAAUGUCUACUGACCAAAA